AUGGGGAAAGUGAAUUCAAAGCCUUGCAAUAAUACUCUUGACGUCCCCAAAAUGUACGCUUCCGCAAAGACGCUUACUCCCAGAUCCUCAACAAGCGAUCUUUCCUAUAUGUCAGAUUGCUCUUCAAGUUGUGACCUUCCGGUUGGGGCCGCCAGAUUGUAUUGUUUAGAUGACGUGUCAAAAUAUAAUGAAUGUGAUAGACAUCAUAUACGACAUUUUCUGACGAGAGAUAUUUGGGAAAGUAAUUUCAGUUCACCGAUAGAGGAUAUGUUGACACGUGGUAGAACGAGGAUUCUCGACGUGGGAUGUAGCUCGGGGACAUGGGUUCUCGAAAUGGCAUCAACUUAUCAAGAUUCGAAAUUCUACGGUGUUGAAGUAUCACCUUUAUUUCCCACUUUAAUAAAACCAAGAAAUGUCAAGUUUGCGGUGGCUAAUGUAGUAGAAGGUUUACCCUUCAGUGACAAUAUGUUCGAUUUCGUUCACAUGGGAUUCAUGGGAUUGUCGCUUAUUGAAUCCAGUUGGGAACGCGUAAUUGAAGAACUUGUGAGAGUGACGAAACCUGGUGGAUGGGUUGAAAUAUGCGAUUCUGAUUAUAACUGGAUAAAUGCUGGUCCAAGGACCAAAAGACUUUAUUCUAAAGUCUCCAAAGAAUUGUUCGCCAGUCACGGGGUAAAAAUGGAAUUAAGUUUAACG